CCGUGCAGCAUCGCAGCGUCUAGAUGCAAUUAAUUGGUUCACUUUCACUAUUUAAAAGGCUAAUAAGGCUUCAUUAAUUUGUACACACCACAGUGCAAACAACGUGAUCCCAAUUAAUCACGUACGUAUACAAUUGCAAAACUCUCUGGAAUUAGUCUAAUCCAACGUUUACUUAUUACUGUCAAGGCAAAUCGAUCAGAAUCACGGUGCAAAUUAAGUCAGAAUUGGGAUUGUCAUCAGUGACUAAAAGGUUAUUCAAGGGAGUUUACCCACCGGGAUUGUUUGGAACUAAGUUGAAGAAGAUGCCCUACGGGAUGUUAAUUCAGUUGUUUCAAUUUCUAUUUUUGUGCAAAGUCCAAUUGGAAAACUCUCUCAAUACUUAAUACUUACAUUUAUGGCAAAUCUGAACCACGGUGCAACAUUCAGAGAUGAUUUCUUCUACGAUGUUUUUCUGAGUUUUAGAGGUGGGACCCGUUAUGGGUUCACGAAUCGUCUCUACAAUGCUUUGCGGCAAAAGGGAAUAUACACUUUCAGAGAUACUGAGGAGCUUAGGAUUGGAGCAGACAUCAGACCCGCGCUUCUGAAGGCAAUAGAAAAUUCAAGAAUGUCAAUGGUUGUGCUCUGUGAAGACUACGCGUCUUCUACUUGGUGUCUUGAUGAACUUGCCAAGAUCAUUCAAUGCUAUCAUGCAAAUAAGCCCAAACAAGUUCUGCUCAUAUUUUACAAAGUUCAACCUUCUGAUGUGUGGGACCAGAAAAAUUCGUAUGCAAAAGCCAUGGCUGACCAUGAAAACAGAUUCGCAAAACAACCCGAGAAGGUGAAAAAUUGGAGAAAAGCUUUGUCUCAACUGCGCCACCUCACCAGAGAAUAUUGCAAGGAUGACGGGUACGAAGCUGAACUUAUCAAGAAGAUUGUGAAAGACACCUCUGCUAAAUUACCUCCAAUCCCUUUACCAAUUAAACAUGUAGUUGGACUCGAUUCUCGGUUUCUAGAUGUGAAAUCAAUGAUACAUAUCGAGUCUCAUGAUACCGUCCUCAUCUUAGAAAUUUAUGGAGCUGGUGGAAUUGGCAAAACUACAUUUGCCUUGGAUAUAUAUAACAAUAUUCGACAUGAAUUUGAAGCUGCAAGUUUUCUCGCUAAUGUCAGAGAAAAAUCAAACAAAAGCACUGAAGGCCUGGAAGAUCUCCAAAAGACACUUCUAUCUGAGAUGGGUGAGGAAACAGAAAUUAUAGGGGCCAGUGAAAUCAAACGCAGACUUGGUCAUAAAAAGGUUCUUUUGGUUUUGGAUGAUGUUGAUUCGACAAAACAAUUGGAGUCCCUAGUUGGAGGAGGUGAUUGGUUUGGUUCCAGAAGUAGGAUCAUUAUAACAACAAGGGAUACAACAUUGCUAGAUGAGCAUGUCAUUGAUGAUGUUGUCAUUGAAACAUAUGAAAUGAAGGCGCUUAAUUAUGGUGACUCUCUUGAGCUCUUUUGUUGGCAUGCUUUUAAUAUGAGCAAACCUGCAGAAAACUUUGAAGGUGUUUCUAAUGAUGCAGUGCGUUAUGCAAAAGGCCAUCCGUUAGCUUUAAAAGUAAUAGGCUCCAAUCUAAAGGGUGGGAGCCUAAAGGAUUGGGAAAUGGAAUUGGAAAAAUAUAAAAUGAUUCCAAAUGCCAAGAUUCAAGAAGUACUUGAAAUAAGCUACCACAGCUUAGAUGUCUUGGACCAGAAAAUUUUCUUGGACAUUGCUUGUUUCUUCAAGGGAGAGAGAAGGGGAUAUGUUGAAAGGAUACUAAAGGCUUGUGAUUUCUGCCCAAGUAUUGGAGUAUUUACUGCGAAAUGUCUCAUAACUAUUGAUGAAGAUGGCUGCUUGGAUAUGCAUGAUCUAAUACAAGACAUGGGUAGAGAGAUUGUCAGAAAGGAGUCAUCGAUAAAUGCUGGUGACCGUAGCAGACUUUGGUCUCAUGAGGAAGUUCUUCGAGUACUUAUAGAAAAUUCGGGAAGCAAUAGAAUUGAAGGAAUAAUGCUUGAUCCCCCUAGUCAUGAAAAAGUAGAUGAUAGGAUAGAUACUGCCUUUGAGAAGAUGGAGAACCUAAGAAUUCUGAUCAUUCGGAAUACAACAUUUUCAACGGCACCUAGUUAUCUACCAAACACUUUGCGAUUACUUGAGUGGAAAGGGUACCCAUCCAAGUCUUUUCCACCAGAUUUUUAUCCCACCAAAAUUGUUGAUUUCAAGUUAAAUCAUAGUUCUCUAAUGUUGGAAAAGUCAUUUAAGAAAUAUGAGGGAUUGACAUUCAUCAACCUGUCCCAGUGUCAAUCCAUAACUCGAAUUCCUGAUGUGUCUGGAGCUAUAAAUUUAAAAGUUUUGACACUCGAUAAAUGCCGUAAACUGAAAGGAUUUGAUAAAUCCAUUGGCUUUAUGCGUAACCUUGUGUAUGUAAGUGCUCUAAGGUGCAACAUGCUCAAAAGUUUCGUGCCAAGCAUGAGUUUACCAUCUCUUGAGGUGCUUUCAUUUAGCUUUUGCAGCAGACUUGAACACUUCCCAGACGUAAUGGAAGAGAUGGAUAGGCCGUUAAAGAUUCAAUUGGUAAAUACUGCAAUUAAGGAAUUUCCAAUGUCUAUCGGCAAACUUACAGGGCUUGAGUACUUAGACAUUUCAGGUUGCAAAAAACUUAAUAUAUCAAGAAAGUUGUUCUUGUUGCCAAAACUUGAGACCUUAUUAGUUGAUGGAUGUUCACAUAUUGGACAAUCAUUUAAAAGGUUCAAAGAAAGGCAUUCAAUGGCAAAUGGUUGCCCAAAUUUGAGGACACUGCAUCUAAGCGAGACAAAUUUAUCAAAUGAAGAAUUGUAUGCAAUUCUGAAAGGUUUUCCAAGACUGGAAGCCUUGAAGGUUUCGUAUAAUGAUUUCCACUCUCUCCCAGAAUGCAUCAAAGAUUCUAAGCAAUUAAAAAGUCUUGAUGUGAGUUAUUGCAAGAAUCUCAGCAGCAUUCCAGAACUCCCUCCAAGUAUCCAAAAAGUAAAUGCCAGAUAUUGUGGGCGCUUAACUUCAGAGGCAUCAAAUUCGCUAUGGUCUAAGGUAAAUGAAGAGAAGGAAAGGAUACAAUUUGUGAUGGCAGAAACAGACAUUCCAGAUUGGUUUGAGUUUGAUUGUGUUGGUGGAUCAGAUAGUCCUACUCCGCUUAUGUUGGCACGCAAUAAGUUCCCUAUUAUUGCUGUAGCAUUUGCAUUGGGCAAGGCCAAAUCUGGCUACUCUGAAACGGAGUUAUCCCGCACCCUUGGUCUCCACGUGUUCGUAGGCGACGGCUACCCUAAAAGGGAGUUAUCUUACACUGCUGCUGUCCACUUGUACAUAGGCGGCAAAGAAAUAUGCCGCAAAGAGUACCAUUAUUGUUGUGUUGGGGAGGAGCACGUGCUAUUGUGUGAUCUAAUGGUUUUGUUCAGUGACCAAGAGUGGGAGGGUCUUGAUGCACAUUUCACUGGAGAUGAUGAAUGGAGGGUAAUUCAGGUUCAAUGUGAAUCAGACUUGCCAUUGAGUCAAUGGGGAGUAUUUGUGUACAAGCAGAAAACAAACACUGAUGAUAUCCUAUUUACGAAUACCCGUCACAACUGCUUAUUGACUAAUUUGGUUCAGAAAGAAACUCCAUGGAAGUCUGAGCAGAGAAGAAGACACUUCUUCAAUAAUUUUAACCUGAGAGAAAUUUAUGGCGACCGUUUGACUCUUUAUGGUGAGUCAUUAGACCAAUGCCAGCUGUUUUCUUCAAACAUGGUUUUUAGGCACAUUCUGGCCGACAUUAUCAAAGGGAAACUAGUUUCAGCCUGCGAUUAUGGGGCAAGUUUAAUGCAAGCUCACGAUGAAUCUAGCGGCGAUGUGAAGCACACUAUGAAGAUUUACAAGGAGCGUCUUGAUGACACACAAGCUACAUAUGGACUUAUGGAACUUGGACUCGAGGCACGCGAAGAAUUGUCAUGGGCAGAAGGGGAGGAUCGGUUAGUCGUGGAAUUCGCUAUUAUCCUAGAGGAGGAAGAUGGAAAUCGUCGCUAUUGGGGAACAUUGAAGUUGAAAGCUGGAGAAGCAGGGUUCGAUGAAAUGGAGAGGAAGGAAUUGCAAUUCCUUUGUUUGCGCCGAGCAUUCAUGUCAUACACAAGUGCCCAAAAGGAGUCAAUGCUUGUUGUUCUGUUGAAAAGAGAGGAAGCUUCAACCUCUGGCCAGGGGGAGGAGGAGGGAGAAUGGCAAGAGUAUGACCCUAUAUUGGAAGAAUUGAUGUCUGAAAUAGCGGAAGAUGCUACGAGGUUGAGUAAAUCUUAUGGGAAAUUGAAGGCGUCUAUUGUUCCGGUUACGUCAGAUAACUUGGUUUCUGACAAAUAUUCCUUGGAAGGAAUAUUCUUGAAUGCAAUAGUAAAACUGGAAGAUGGAAAAUGGGGACCAACAAAAAUACAAUUGGGAUACGCGGUGAUUAGAAUGUUAAUUUGCGGACAGUGCCCACCGGGAUUGUUUGGAACUAAGGUUAAGAAGAUGUCCUACGGGAUCUUAAGGGAGGAGCUUCAUGAUGAUUGGCGCUGGAAUUUAUUGGGCUGCUUAAUUAACCUUAUUCCAUCAUUUAACUAUUUUAUUUUGAAAUUCAUAGUACCUCUCUCGUUGGAUUAUUUUGUAGCUCUAAUUCAUGUCAAAUCAGUCCAUUGGUUACAAAAUCAUUUAGGAUUAACAAUUGGUUUCUUGGUUUAUACUAUAACUCUUAAUUUGGUUACUUGGUUUCUAGGAACUCGAUUUCUCUGGAGAUGUAAUGACAGGUUUUCUUUCCUUUUAAACCAAUUAGUCGCCAGGUGUCGUAGGUAUUUCACAUUGCUUCUAUCUUCUAUUAUGUAAGGCUACAAAGCCAGCGCUUGUUUUUGAAUUCAAUUAAUACAUUCUCUCUGGAAAAUUUGUAUCGCAUUAUUUUAUCCGUGUCUUAUGCAA